AUGUUGACAAAAUUCGAGACGAAGAGUAAUAGAGUGAAGGGGUUGAGUUUUCACAGUAAGAGGCCAUGGAUCUUGGCAAGUCUUCACAAUGGCGUGAUCCAGCUCUGGGAUUACAGGAUGGGCACGCUCGUUGAUCAGUUUGACGAGCACGAUGGACCCGUCCGUAGUGUCCAGUUUCACAGGUCUCAGCCUCUGUUUGUUUCAGGAAGUGAUGAUUAUAAAAUCAAGGUGUGGAAUUAUAAACUACACAGGUGUUUGUUUUCUCUUAUUGGCCACCUUGAUUAUAUUCGAACCGUUGAAUUUCAUCAAGAAUGUCCUUGGAUUGUUAGUUCCAGUGAUGACCAAACUAUUAGAAUAUGGAACUGGCAAUCACGUACGUGUGUUUCUAUACUAACGGGACACAAUCAUUAUGUAACGUGUGCAUCAUUUCAUCCUAAGGACGAUUUGAUUGUGUCGGCGUCGUUGGAUCAAACAAUUCGUGUUUGGGAUAUUAGUACAUUGAGAAAGAAUACGGUUGCACCGAGUGAUGAUGUACUGCGAUCGAAACAGUUAAGCCAGAUUAACAGCGAUUUGUUUGGUGGGGUUGAUGCUGUUGUUAAGCAUGUUUUGGAGGGUCAUGAUCGAGGAGUUAAUUGGGCCUCAUUCCAUCCUACUCUCCCUUUAAUUGUCUCAGCAGCCGAUGAUCGCCAAGUCAAAAUAUGGCGGAUGAAUGAUUCAAAGGCUUGGGAAGUGGACACUUUGAGAGGGCAUAUGAAUAAUGUGUCGUGUGUUUUAUUCCACGCGAGGCAGGAUAUUAUUGUGUCCAAUUCAGAAGAUAGGAGUAUUCGUGUUUGGGAUGCCAUAAAGCGGACUGGUACUCAGACAUUUCGGAGGGAACAUGACAGGUUUUGGAUUCUUGCAUCACAUCCUGAGAUGAAUCUUCUGGCUGCUGGACAUGAUAGUGGGUUGAUUGUUUUUAAAUUGGAGAGAGAACGUCCUGCUUUUGCUGUGAGUGGUGAUUAUAUGUUCCAUGUCAAAGAUCGUUUCCUGCGAUGCUACAAGUUCUCAACUCAGAGUGACACUCAGGUAAUCUUGAUUAGAAGGCCUGGUACUACUAGCUUCACUCAAGGGGCUAAAAGACUUGCUUAUAGCCCUACUGAGAAUGCUGUUUUAAUCUGUUCUGAUGUGGAUGGGGGAUCUCAUGAACUUUAUACUAUACCUAAAGAAAGCUAUGGCAUGGGUGAGAUGCUUCAGGAGGUGAAAAGAGGUAUGGGAGGAUCAGCAGUUUUUGUGACUCGAAAUAGGUUUGCCGUUUUAGAUAAGAGCAGCAACCAAGUUCAAGUUAAGAACCUUAAGAAUGAGACUGUGAAGAGGAUUGUCCUUCCUGCCAUUGCGGAUGCAAUAUUUUAUGCUGGAACUGGAAACUUGCUGUGCAGAGCAGAGGAUAGAGUGUUUAUUUUUUAUCUCCAGCAGAAGAUGAUUCUUGCGGAGCUUCAAACACUUUUUGUUAGGGAUGUUGUUUGGUCAAAUGAUAUGGCGAAUGUUGCUUUGUUGAGCAAACAUACAAUUGGGAUAGCCAGUAAGAAGCUUGUGCAUCAAUGUACUCUCCAUGAGACAAUCAGGAUAAAGAGUGGAGCUUGGGAUGAGAAUGGUGUCUUCAUAUAUACGACUCUGAAUCACAUCAAAUACUGCCUUCCCAAUGGAGACAGUGGAAUCGUGAGGACUCUAGAUGCCCCGGUAUAUAUAACAAAAGUGUCUAGAGACACCAUAUAUUGCUUGGACCGAGACGGGAAAAAUCAUGCCAUUGUCAUUGAUGCAACUGAAUAUAUCUUCAAGUUGUCUCUCCUGAAGAAGAGAUACGACCUGGUUAUGGGCAUGAUUAGGAACUCGAAUCUAUGCGGGCAAGCCAUGAUUGCAUAUCUGAAGCAGAAACGUUUCCCAGAGAUUGCUCUUCAUUUUGUGAAGGAUGAGAGAACACAUUUUAACUUGGCAUUGGAGAGUGGUAACAUCCAGAUUGCUGUUGCUGCUGCUAAGGAAAUUGAUGAGAAAGAUCUUUGGUAUCUAUUAGGAGUAGAGGCCCUGCGACAGGGUAAUGCAGGCAUUGUGGAAUGUGCAUACCAAAGGACAAAGAACUUGGAGAGGCUAUCAUUCCUCUAUCUUGUAACUGGAAAUAUAGAUAAAUUGUCUAAAAUGCUGAAAAUAGCUGGAGUAAAAAAUGAUGUAAUGAGUCAAUUCCACAAUGCCAUGUAUUUGUCUGACAUCAGGGAACGCAUCAAUAUAUUGGAGAACACUGGCCAUUUGCCCCUUGCUUAUGUCACAGCUGCUGUUCAUGGGAUAAGAGAUAUUGCUGAACGCCUGGCAGCUGAACUGGGAGAUAAUGUUCCUUCUCUGCCUGCUGGAAAAUUACCGUCUUUAUUGAGGCCUCCAAGUCCUAUCUUGUGUGGUGGAGAUUGGCCUUUAUUGAGGGUCACGAGAGGUAUAUUUGAGGGUGGUCUGGAUAAUGUAGGCAGAAAUGUUCAGGAAGAGGAUGAAGAAGAAGCAGGCGCUGAUUGGGGGGAGGACUUGGAAUUUCUGGAUGUGGAAAACAUGCCGAAUGCAGAUAUCAAUGUGGCAUUGGAGUAUGAAGAAAUGCAUGAAGAAAAUGAAGAGGGAGGAUGGGACCUUGAGGAUCUUGAUCUUCCACCCAUGACUGAUACUUCAGACACUGCCAGCCAUGCCAAUUCUUCGGUAUUUAUUGCCCCGACUCCUGGAAUGCCUGUAACUCAAAUUUGGACACAAAAAACAUCUAUAGCUGCUGAACAUGCUGCAGCUGGAAAUUUUGAUGUUGCUAUGCGCCUGCUAAGCAGGCAGCUUGGUAUGAAGAACUUUGCUCCUUUGAGACCAUUAUUUCUUGAAGUGAACAUGGGCAGCCAGAGUCAUCUUCAUGCCUUCUCUUCGGCUCCAGUGAUGUCAGUGGCAGUGUCAAGGGGAUGGAAUGAAAUAGCAAGUGCACGUGGCCCGCCUGCCCUUGUGUUCAAAUUCUCUCAGCUGGCAGAGAAGCUUAAAGCCGGCUACAAAGCCUUUAAUAUGAAGAAAUUACCGGAGGCUUUACAACUUUUUCUGAGCAUUCUCCAUAUCAUUCCUUUGAUUGUUGUUGACUCAAGAAGAGAGGUUGAUGAAGUAAAGGAUUUAAUUAACAAAGCAAAAAUUUAUGUUCUGGGUCUGAAGAUGGAGCUAAAAAAGAUGGAAAUGAAAGACGAUCUGGUUCGCCAGCAGGAGCUAGCGGCCUAUUUCACCCACUUUGACCUUCCGUUAAAUCACCGUAGAAUAGCAUUGAUGAAUGCCAUGGAAGCAUGCUUUAAGACUGGUAAUUACAGUGCAGCCACUAACUUUGCGAGGCGAUACUUUCAGACCAAUCCCACCGUUGAAAGCCAAAUAAAAAAGGGUAGGCAAAUCUUGCAAGCGAGUGAGAACAAGAACGACGCAUACCAGCUGAAUUAUGAUUUUAGAAAUCCUUUCGUAGUUUGUGGAGCAACAUAUGAGCCUAUAUACAGAGGACAAAAGGAUGUGGCAUGCCCUUACUGCAGUUCAAGGUUUGUUCCAUCCCAGGAAGGACAGCUUUGUUCUGUUUGUGAACUUGCGGAAAUUGGUUCUGAUGCAUCCGGAUUGCUCUGUUCUCAUUCUCAGUUAAGAUAA